UCUCCAGAAGCCGGGCUCCGAGGCGAAAUCCACCAAUUCCCGGUUUGAGCGCACUGAAAACUCUAAUUCGAACCUCCCACUCGACGUUUAUUCGCGAAUUUUCGCUGCUGAUGGUGACUUUUGACUGAGUGGCUUUGAUUUGUUCAGCAACAGAGAGUCUGUUGAUAUUUAUUGAAGAGUCGAUUUGUGUUGAAGAGCGCGUGCUGAGUUUGUGCUGGGUAUAAUACUGAGCACUUGUUUCUUCUACUUUGUUGAUUUGUGUUUUGCCACGAGAUCCGGAGGUUGAGCGACAUCUACACCUAAACUACACUACAACUACAACUACAAGAGAUAUGGCCCACCGAAUUCUGGCACAGGUCAUCGUCACCGGCGCGCAGGUCUUUGGCCGGGCGUUCUUCCAGGCCUACAAACAGGCCGCAGCCACGAGCGCAACACAGACCGCGAAUGCCGCGAGAGAAGGCGGCCUCUCGGUCGAAGAAGCCUGUCGGAUCCUGCACGUCGAGCCCCAAAACCUGCAGCAGGUGGAGGUUGCGAAGCGGUUCGAGCACCUGUUCAACGUGAACAGCAAAGAGAAGGGCGGCAGUUUCUACAUCCAGAGCAAAGUGUACCGGGCCAAGGAGAGACUUGAUAACGAGCUGGCGAAGAACAGUCCGCCGCCUCCGCCGGGAGAGGCCGGGGCGAGUCCGACACCGAGCUGAUGAGGUGUGGGAGGGAGUCGAGUGAGUGAGAUGUUUGUAAAUAGCCUGAUGAAUCUACUCUUUAUUACUAUACUACUCUAUGCUGUUAUAUAGCUAUUCUAUGCUAUUACUAUUCUAUUACUAUUCUAUUACUAUUCCACAUCAUCUACACCCGCUACACGAUGUGGUAGCAGCUACUUUGCGUUAAACUCGAUGA